CGGAGCAAAGGAGGAGGGAGGUUCGGUCGCUGGACGCUCCGGAUUAUUUGGUCAGGAGAAGGAAGCCCCAAAUCCCGGGAAAUGGGCCCUGCGAGAGAACUGGCUGGCUACUCAUCCUACGGCCAAAAGAAAAUAAGAUACUACAAUCUUCGUCUCUCUCAUGGGCAGCUGGCGGGAAAUAUCUGGACGUCAUCCUCAUAACAACAACAACAGCAGUAAUAAAAUGCUCACUGCUCUAUUCCCUAUUGGCAUAAGCAACAAGAAGAGUAUGAUGUUCACACAGAUGAUGUCAUUGGAAGUGGCUGACAGUAGAGGGGUGUAUGCUGCUUUCUUAGUUUACUUGGACCUCCUAGAAGUUAGGAACUGGCACGAGGUAUCCUUCACUGGGCUAGCAGAGUUCCAGCUGGUAUGUCUCCAUGGACGUGAGAAAGAAACUGAGCCUUUGCAGGUAGUGGUGCCAACUCCUGCCCACGUAUCAUUCAGCCAUGAGAGGUUAAGAGAGAUCAUGAAUAGCACACGCACUGUGCUGGCAAAACCUGAUUCCCCACUUUCCAUCACGCUGGCAAUAGUUGAAACAGACUCUACAAUUGUCUACUAUACACUGACGGACGGUUUUGUAAUGCCAGACCCUCCUGACAGUCCUGAAGAUGCAGACAGCAAACAAGGGAGGAAGAAGAGAAAGAGGCUGCGGAGAUGAAGGGGAAACGGAUAACGAUUCUUUGGACUCUUCUAAUGUAAAUCAGUCUGGCAUUAAAAGGGGCAGCUGGGAGUUGGAACAUUUGUUUGAAAAGCCCCACAAGGCUUGAGAACUGGCAGGAUAUUCAAGGCUGCAUCUUGUAAUAAAGUUGGACUUCGGUGAUAUCAUAGACCAGGUCUAGAAUCUGUCCUCUAUUCAGGAGUAACAUCAAAAUUGUAGCUGUAUUUCAAAAAGCCAGUUUUUGGAAUGAAAGGGGCUUCUACCCUUUAUUUCUGAUGCAACAACUGCCCUGUUAAGAGUACUUAAUUU